ACAUAUCAUAAUGACGUAGUUAAUUAUUUUAAACAUCGUAUUGUACAUCCGUGAAGGACAAAAUCGUGUUUAUAAUAUUCAAAACAUAUUUCCGAACCCACCUGUAUGAAUUGACGAAUCUUGAGACUAUUAACGAUUAUGACGUCAUGUAAAACUAAUUCGAGUGAUCGAACCCGCCGUGUUCCGCGAGAAAAAUAUAUCGCAGUAAAUCAUAUAUUGUGAUAGGUAUAAUGAACGAUCUGUACGUGCUAUUAUUAAUCUGAUCUACUUUUAUCACGUGAACCAAUUUAACUGAAAUAUAGUUUUCGUGAAAAAAAAAAAAACCGCACAUUUUUAUCAUCUCAUAUUUUUUAUAUCCUGUCCGUCCGACUUUGCACAUUUGAAAAUUAGGUUACAGCGACAUGUUUAUUAUAACAUACGUCUACGUGCUCGCUGUCACGUCGGGCGCCGUUCCUUUCUUCUUCGCCACAUCCGCCGUACAUGGUAUAAAAUAUAAUACUGGCAAUUGGCAUCGAUUAGCUGUUGUGAUACUAUGCGGUACUUAUGAGUGGCGUGGAAGUUCUACCCAUCGGAGCGAUUGCAGGGGCCGCGUCGCAAGUGGCCUGGUUCCUGCCCGUUUUGGUCGCGGCUAUUGCUUAUUUCCACUACGAGGUAAAUGAUCCCGAGUCAAGGAUUAUAGAUCAACCCGGAAAUUUGCUUCUUGACCAAUAUGAUUUUAUUAUAGUCGGCGCUGGAUCGGCAGGUGCGGUGCUGGCGAAUAGGUUGACCGAAGUCGAAGAUUGGAGUGUAUUAUUAAUAGAAGCUGGUGGAGAUGAAACUGAACUAUCCGACGUGCCUUUGUUGGCUGCCUACUUGCAACUCACCCAGCUCGAUUGGCAAUAUAAAGCCGAACCCCAGGAUACAGCAUGUUUGGCUAUGAAAGAUGAACGUUGCAAUUGGCCUCGGGGCAAAGUGCUUGGCGGGUCUAGCGUGUUGAACUAUAUGAUGUAUGUGCGCGGAAACCAAAUGGACUACAACAACUGGCUGAAUCAAGGAAAUCCGGGUUGGGGGUACGACGACGUGCUCUACUAUUUUAAAAAAUCAGAAGACAACAGAAACCCGUACCUGGCGCGGACCCCGUACCAUUCGAUGGGCGGAUAUCUGACGGUGUCCGAGGCGCCGUACAAAACGCCGUUGGCCGACGCGUUCGUCAGGGCCGGCCAGGAAAUGGGCUACGACAUCCGCGACAUAAACGGCGAACGGCAAACCGGAUUCAUGACGCCUCAAGGGACCAUCAGGAGGGGAGCCAGAUGCAGUACGGCAAAGGCUUUCCUGCGACCCGCCCGACUGCGGAAGAAUCUGCACGUGUCCAUCAACGCUCACGUCACGCGCGUGGCGAUCAAUCCCGAGACGAAAGUCGCGUUCGGCGUCGAAAUGAUCAAGGACAACACGCGACAUUUUAUCCGGGCCAACAAAGAAGUGCUGCUGUCGGCGGGUUCCAUUAGUUCUGCGCAACUGCUCAUGCUUUCGGGCAUAGGCCCCAAGAACCAUCUGACGGAAAUGGGUAUACCCGUUCUAGCCGAUUUAGAUGUCGGCAAAAAUCUUCAAGACCACAUCGGACUCGGUGGCCUCGCAUUUCUGAUUAACAAAGAGGUGUCGCUAACGCAAGAGAGAGUGGAAAACGUCCAAACGGUUUUAAACUAUGCUACAAUGGGCGACGGACCGUUGACAGUCAUGGGCGGUGUCGAAGGAUUGGCGUUCAUCAACACUAAAUAUGCUAAUCAUUCAAUGGACACACCGGACAUCGAAUUACAUUUUGUGUCUGGUUCCACCAACUCUGAUGGCGGUGUACAACUGUGGAAAGCACACGGGUUGAAAGAAGAGUUUUACAAAUCUGUCUACGAACCGAUUAACAACAGAGACGUGUGGUCUGCUAUACCUAUGUUGCUGAGGCCCAAGAGUCGAGGCGAAAUACUGUUACGAAGCACCGACCCGUCCAUGUAUCCCAGAAUUCUGCCCAACUAUCUGACGGUCCAAGAGGACGUGGACACGCUGGUGGAGGGCGUCAAGUUCGUGGUGGCCAUGUCCCGGACCACGCCGUUCCGCCGGUACGGCAGUCGCCUGCACGACAUACCGUUCCCCGGUUGCGCUACGAUACCGCGGUAUACGGACGCCUACUGGGAAUGCAUGGUCCGGCACUACACCGUGACCAUAUACCAUCCGGUGGGCACCGCCAAGAUGGGACCCGAGUGGGACAAGACCGCGGUGGUGGACCCGCGACUCCGGGUGUACGGUAUCCACGGUCUCCGGGUGGUGGACGCGUCCAUCAUGCCCACGCUGGUCAGCGCCAACACCAACGCUCCGGUCAUAAUGAUCGCCGAGAAGGCCGCGGACAUGAUCAAGGAGAAAUGGCUGGGCAGGAAACGGUGACACGCGACGACUGUGAUUGAAAAUUGAGCGCGAACGUCUACAAUAUUGUUUUUUUCCGGGUCUUAUAAUAACUUAUUAUUACCGCGACAAUUUCUUUCUUUCUUCUGUUUUUUUUUCGUUAUUCUAUUAGUAUAUUGUAACUAUUUAAAGGUAUUAUUGUCAUCCCGACCAUAGGCGUGCGCAGACCUGAAUUUCGGGGGGCGCCUACAAUUUUUUCGGGCCCUCUCUUAACAAGACAAGUACAUAUUUUAGUUAAUUAUAAUGCAUAAAUAAACAUUACUUACAUUAUAUCACAUAUUGAUCAGUAGUAUUACUACUAUUAUUAGUACCAAGUUAUAUAAUAUUUCAUUAGAU